AUGGAAGAAAUUACUGAAGAAACUGUUGAACAACGAAGUAUAGAUGAGUAUAGCAAUCAUCAGGAACCAAGAUAUUAUUGGACAGAAGAUUUCUGUAAAGAGAUUGAUAAAUUAGUAUUAAAGAAACUUUCUUCAGAAAACUAUAUGGAUCUGAGAGAUAUACCUGAAGAAUUACAAGGACUUACUGAGAUAGAGAAUUUACAAUACGACUCACUAGAUAUACUUCAUACAUCAUUGAAUAUUCUUAUUGUUCGUCUUCCCCAGCAGCUUGAAGAGACAACAGAUGAAGUCUUUGAUAAUGAUAAUAAAGAAGCUGAAAAUAUAGACACAAUUUUAUGCUGUAUUAAACCAGCUGAAUACUUUACAAAAGAAAUCAUAAAAGAUACAUUUAUUAGGAAUAAUAAUGUGAAACCAGAGCUUAUCACAGCCAGAAAUGAUCCUUAUAUCAACUCUCAUGAUCAAGUUCAACUUUAA